UAAGGGGUUCCCUGUCUCAAUCUCUCAGGAUCCAGAGUGGAGAGAAGGAGAGAGGUGAAACAGAGAGGAGAGCAAGAUUGAGAGGGACAGAAAGAGUGAGACAGAGAAAAAAAAGAGUGCAGACAGCAGAGCUUUGACGUAAGACUCAGAGUCAGUGCAUUGGAAGUGCAAACUGCCAUUUUCUUCAUCCUUCCCAUCUUCACAAGCACAGCCAACCCGACCAGUCGCUAGUCAGCCUCCCCUCCUCCCCUCUCUGGUGCACUCCACUCUAGCGGGGACCCUCGGAGACUUUGUGCAGGACCUUAAUCCUCAGUGGCAGGGCAGGCAGCCGUGAGCGACGACAUGGGAGUCCCUGUGCCCGCAUGCGUGCUGCUGGGGCUGGCGCUGCUCCUCUCCCUGGGCUUGGACACGGCGGUGGAGGGCUGCAGCUGCCACCCAGCACACCCCCAGCAACACUUCUGCUACUCGGACGUGGUGAUUCGAGCAAAGAUAUCAGGAGAGAAGAUUGUGUCUCCAAGCAAUACCUCUUCCCCUUACAUGAAGAUGGUCCAAUAUGAAAUUAAACUCAUUAAGAUGUUUAAAGGCUUUGAUAAAGUUAAGGACAUCCAGUACGUCUACACCCCACUUUACUCCUCUCUUUGCGGAGUCAAGCUGGAUUCCAAUAACAAAAUCCAAUACCUACUGUCAGGGCAUAUUCGCAGAGAUGGAAAAGUCUCAAUUGGACUUUGUGACUUCACUGAACCAUGGGACAACUUGUCACUAACCCAAAAGAAGAAUCUCAAUUACAGAUAUCAAAUGGGCUGUGACUGCAGAAUCGCUCCAUGCUACACGGUGCCCUGUUCCACGACCACCGAUAGCGAGUGCUUGUGGACGGACUGGGUGCUGGACAACAGCCUCAGCGGGGAGCAGGCCCGGCAGCACGCCUGCAUCAAGCGCAGCGACGGCUCCUGCGGCUGGUACCAGGGCGGGCCUCCUCCGGAGAAGGACUUGCUCGACCUGUCUGACCCCUGAGGGCGGCGUCGCGCUCACCCCUCUCACCCAUCCGCCAGGCGAGGCAGCGGGCCGCAUGGGUCUCUAUUCUCCCAUCUCUAUUUAUCUUACGCUCUGAUCUCCACCACUCAGCGGCUUCAAAGAUCUGUGUUCAAGACGUGCAGGGUCCACCUGGCCACUAUUAUGAAUGUAGGAAAGAGAGUGCCCAUCAGAAGACAGAUGUUUCAAAUCUACACAUCAGCCCUGGUCAGGGUUUCAUGCUGACUUUGCUUGUCUUUGCUUGAUUCGACAGUGUAAUAUACGGUGACAGUUUGGUCUUUUCCUCUUGUCUUUUCAAAUCUGCUCUAAAAGAAAGAUCCAUUCCAGUGGAACACUUUCCCUAGAGUGCAAUAGAAACACUGGAAUUGUGAAAAAAAAAGUCUGUUUUGAGGAUGAAAAUAUUGCCAUAACCAUGAACAUUUCUCAUCGCUGCAUACAGCAAUUCUGUACAGUAUGUACACUUAAAUGUGUAUGCAUAUUUUGGACACCUGGAACUUCAGUGUGAAUUCUGUAUACAAAUGUGCAUAUUUCUAUUAUUUGGACAUUAACUCUGAGCACAAAAGAGUUAGAUUAGCAUAGAAAUCACCCAUUAGAUUAUAAUUGAAGCCUCCUUGAUAACUUCUUUCUGUGAUUUUGCCUUGUGAUCUUGUUUCAUUGUGCGAUGGUUUGUUUUUUUUCUUGUGCCAAAAAGCUAAUACAUUGCUUUAACAUAAGCAGACGUAGAAGCCAUGUAGGAAAUGAUUUUGUAUACAAAAAGUUUGUAUGGGUAUUUAUGUUUCCUUUUGCUGUCAAUAUAGUUUUCUAUACGUACCAAAAAUAUUGUAUGUAAAGUUUAACUAGGACUUUCAAAAAAACAUUUCAAAUAUUCUUCAAACGAUACUUUAUCUUCUGUGCAAUGCUAGCCUGGAUGCUAGCUCUUUCAGCAUAUAGACCACGUACUGUCUCGCAUCUGCAGAGAUUGACUAGCAUCCAGACUAACACUAUGUCCCUUCAUUCAAUAAAAAAUAUUCACUUACA